UAUAAACACUUUUCUUUUUCCCCUCACGUUAUAUAUGCGCGUACACACCAACACUAAUCCUUUUGAUUAUUAUUAUUAUUAUUAUUAUUAUUAUCUAAUUUUAUUUUAUUUACUUCUUCAAUGGCGAUGCUAACUGAAUUUCUCACCGCGAUUAUGAUAACUGUUAUACUCGCCGGAGGCAUCUCCGGCAAGGACCUCCGUCCCUCCGAUCAUGGACUCAGUUUCCAGUCAUCACCGCCGGCGAAUUCUCCCGUCGAUAUGAGAUCCUUCUUCGACAGCAACAAUAGCUCAUCUUCUUCUUCCGACGCGUCAUCUCGGAAUGUGACAGAGUCUCUGCCGCCGGCGUCAUGGAGAACCACCGGCAGCGGCGGAGGAAGACGGUUGGGAAAAGCUUUAGUGAUUGGGAGCUUGGUUUGUGGAAUUACAGGUGGCGUUUUAUUAUUGGCUUCCAUUUUGCUUUAUCUGUUAAAUAAGCACCGAAGAAGAAAUUUUGAGCAAAACGAAUUGUUUCACGACGACGGUGAUGAUGAUCGUAAUAAUAAUGCUAACAAACUUGCGUUGAGUUAGUGCGCAAUUCGUGAGUUCGUUUUUUCUUGCUAUAUUUUAUCUUCUUCUAUUCCAUUCCUUUGUUGCUUUUUUUCUAUUAAUGAUGAGUUGCAGGUAAUUAAUUUAUUAAAUUCAAGUGAUUAACGAAGUUAAGUGAAGUUUCGAAGGAUAGUAGGAUACAAGUUCAACCAUUGAUUGAUGUAAUUUUUAUUAAAUUUUAUUUACUUCUGAAAGAAUUUCAAAUCACCUAUGUACAUUUUCUACUAAAAACUAGAGGUUUAAGAAAACAAUAUUGUGUGUAUAUAUAUAUGUAAAGGGUAGAGGGUGAUUAUGUAAAUGGAUUGAUAGUAAUAUUCUUUUUGUUAUGCAUUUUUUUAAUGGAUAGGUGAAUGAAUAUAUUAUUUGUUA